AAAAUUUUGCAGUAAAGUUGGACCAGCCUUUAUUUCCAAAAUAGUAAUGGUGUAACAAAUAACAAAUAAAUAGUUUAUUAAAAUAAGUAGGAAGGAAUAGAGAGGAAGACAACUCCCAAAACACAGGGAUAGAGAAAAAGUCAACUUUAAUUACUGCAGCUGUUGUAGAGGCCACAUAACUGCCUUUCUCUGACUAAUGUGUCGACACCUGGGACUGCUUGCUUCUGGUGUCCACCUGCAGUGCUGCUUUGUUCUCUCCUUCCCCGGCCAGUCAUAGUUCACAUGGCUGACGGUUCUGCUUUUAACCCCUUGCCUCCUGCACUGACACAGUAGGUGAUUGAUGAAGACACAAAGACCAAUGAAAGUCCAAGCUACAGAAAUAUAGCAGCGCUAAGACAGGCCAUGGGCAUUUACAAGACAAGCUGGCUCGUAAACGUGUCCUUUCACUGCCUCCCUGCAUUCGCAGAGAUGUUUUCCAGUACCUUGUUAGGUGCUUAUCAAUUAACUAAUCAUAAACACAUAAUGUCACACAGGCAUGUAAUUAGAGAAAUAAUCGCUGCUUAUGCAUUUUAAAAUGCUCACUGCUCAUUAGUUCUCCAGGGUGGUUAGAGAGGAUGACAAGUUGCGAUCAGCACUUUUCAGUGACAGCCAACCAGCGGGGAAUUUUGUUGCUGUGGUGAUGAUAUCACUUUUAAAAUCUGAAGUAUUACCACGAUUCACCGAAUGUGCGUGUAUUUAUGCAGAUACACUGAAAACUCUAUUUUCUGUUUUACUUGGAAACCGGACCCGACUUCUUGCAUGGACAUUGCAUCAUUCAUCAUCACACUCUCAGAGGAUGAGGGUCCUCACCCGCCUGAGCAGUUCACAGCCAUCAAGCUGUCGGAUUCCAGGAUCGCCCUAAAAUCGGGUUACGGCAAGUACCUGGGGAUCAACUCGGAGGGGCUUGUCGUGGGCCGCUCCGAUGCCAUCGGAUCUCGGGAACAGUGGGAACCCGUCUUUCAGGAUGGUAAAAUGGCACUGAUGGCUGCGAAUAGCUGUUUUGUUUCUUAUAAUGACGAAGGCGAUAUAGUAGCGAAGAACAAGGCUGCAGGAGAAGGUGAGAUGAUCAAGUUCCGAUCGUGUGCAGAACGGGAAACCACAAAGAAAGAAGACAUUGCAGAUGAAGACAGAGGAAAUGUCAAGCACUGUGAGAUCAAUUACGUAAAGAAGUUCCAGAGCUUCCAAGAUCGCAAGCUGAGGGUCAACAGUGAUGACAGCAGUUCGCUGAAGAAAGCCAGAGAGGAAGGAAAUUUUCAUGAAACUUUAUUAGAUCGGAGAGCCAAGAUGAAGGCAGACAGAUACUGCAAAUGAAGAUAGAAGAAACAGAUCUUUUUUUCUUUUUUACAUUGAGUGUUGUAAUUUUGUUAACAAUUUGAAGUUCACUCUGAUGAAAAUUUAAAAUUAAAUUUAAUGUUUUAUAAGAAAAGG